ACACACACACACACACACACACACACACACACACCUCCACCAACCCUCCCACAAAAUUUAAAAAAUGCAUUAUUGCCAGGCAGUGUUGACACACACCUUGCACUCAGGAGGCAGAGGUAGGUGGAUCUCUGUGAGUUCGAGGCCAGCCUGAUCUACAAAGUGAGUUCCAGGACAGCCAAAGCUACACAGAGAAACCCUGUCUCGAAAACAAAAAAUUCAAAACAAACAAAACAAAAAGCAUUGUGACUGAAAAGUUCAGUGACAGCUCAACAUUCAGUUGGAGAUGGCAGGAGUCAGUGAAUCUGAAGGCAGAUGAACAGACCUAAGGUCUCAGCGGAGAGUGAAGGAAGACUACCACCAGAUCCCCACAGCCAGUCUGCACACCUGUCACUUUUGGUACUCUGCCAGCAUCACAUCUCUCCUAACACAUUCACACAGUUGCACACCUCUUGUCAACUUUUGCACAAACAGUCUCAUGCUCUGUCCUACAGCAAUCUGGACAGCUACUGCCUAGGUCUGCUAUGCACAUUAAAAACUCAUGCACACACACCAAUGAUUAACAAAAAAACAGCAGAGAACCACAGGCUUCUCUUGCAAUCAGGGGUAGAACCAGGGACGAGUGUAACAAUGUACAGGAGAACCUAAUCCGGUGUGGUUACACUUCCUGAGAGUUCCAGAGCCAAGGCCAUCCUCAGAACUUCCCUCAGGGGCCUCUCAAGAGAUCAUGUUGGGCAAAGGGGGAGUGGGACAUAGCCCCUGGUCUCUCAUGGGUUGGAGGACUCUAAAGCCACCCUAGAAAACUCACUACUAAUACAGCCCCAUACCAACAGCACAGUCUUUCUAUGCAAAGGCCAUAGACAGCCAUUAGAAGCUGGUCUCUGGGCCCCUCUGCUGGCCAAGCCCAGUGUUUCCUCCCGGUCACUCUACCUCAGCAGAAUCACAAUGUUCAGAGGCUCGGCUGGCUGAAAGUUACUGUCACCCCAGAGCACUUUCCUGUCUGUACACCCAGGCAACUCUCUACACCAGGCGGGUCCUGCCCUCAGCUAGUUACUGUGAUAACAUACAGCAGAGCAUGGGAACAACAACCCAGGGCCCAGUUCAUCUGUCCAUCCUAACUGAGGCAGAAUCUGGCCUCCCAGGGUCCACUGAGAACAGUGCCCUGCCCAGUAUCUCUCUGUUCCUUCUCUUUGCACCCUUAGGGCCACCUUGGGCUGGCUCUGUUUGGAAGAGGCAUCACUGGCAGAUAAGGUGGAUUCCUCCUGUCCUCCUGCUGGGUCUGGUAUGGGGCAUGACCAUGGGGUGAGGUGUGGGAGACCCCUGGUUCAGAGUCUAGAGACCUGGCUUUGGGUUCCCAGAUCCCUCUGUAUUCUGACUUGCAGCAGGCAUGGGGUUGGAUCUGAUCUCAGGUUGUCUCCAGGUCCUUCAGCCCCUAACACCAGGAUUACAUGUGACUCUGGACUUGCUACAUAGCCUGGGGGACAAGGGGAAGGAAGAGCGGCAGAGGAAACCUCAGGACCCUGGCUUUCUCUCCCCUUCAGAGAGAAGGUAAAGGCACAGUCCCAGGGCCCCAGGCUACGCCUACUCAGAGGAACGGGGAUGCUUAGGCAGUGACCUCUCAGACCUGGCUCUAAACCCAGAAGACCUCACUCCUACCUGGGCAGAGAGAUCAGUUGCUUCCCAGGGAACUUCUGGAGCCACUAGACUGUACAGGUGACUAACUGGUGCUCCUCUCCCAAGGUGGGGCCACACUGGGGAACUCAGGGUGUCUCCUCACUCCAAGCUGCCCUUAAAAUGCAGGAGCCAAAGCCAGUCAUGGGGGACGAACCUUUAAUUUCAGUACUCAAGAGUUAGAGGCAGUACUACAAAUUAGAGGCCAGCCUAGUCUACAUAGCAAGUUCUAGACCAGCCAAGGCUACACAGUAAUACCUUGUCUCCAAACCCCAAACCCCAAACCCCAGCAACCAAACAAUAAACAUACAAAAACAUCUGGCCUCCAGCUCCCGAAGCUAUACAUUAAAGAUGAGAAGGCCAGAGGGCACCCUUUGUACACAGGGUACAGUGGUGGCUUUUCUCUCCCCUGAUGUGAGCAGCUGAAGGAAAGCUCUGAAACAGGGAACCCCACAGUCGGGAGAGAUGCCAGCUGCCACCAAAGGAGCAACAAGAUGCCAGAAUACUGGUAACGCCACGGCCAUGUGGCAACAUACAGAUUAAUAGGAAUGGGAUGCGUUAAGUUACAAGACCUGGCUAGCAAGAAGCUGAAGCCACAGGCCGUACAGUUUGUAAUAAUAUAAGCCUCUGAGUGAUCAUUUUAUGAGCGGCUGUGGGACAGAGUGUGGGAGAGAUUCUUCCAGGCCACAGAGACUGAGAAACUUUCAACCACACUGGCUCAUCUUCCAGGUGCAGCCUGAAGGCUGGUAGAUGUGGCAGGUGGGGCUAGAGGAGGCAGAUGGGUGGGCUUCAGGGCACCUUCCAUAUUUCUGGGUUCAGUUGGGGUGACAGCAGGGUGAUGACCAAAACGUGGGCCCCGUGAACAGGCUCUGACCCCACCUUCCGGCUUAACUCAUCUCCUCUCCUCUAGACCCCAGAGGUUGGCGUGGGAUAUGAGGCAGGUAGGUUGGGCAACACAGAUGUCAGCACCCCAGAAAGCCUUGUCUCCCUCCACAGGAAAGACUUUAAGGCUGACACUAAGCCCCCCAACACCCAGCACGUUGCUCUCUCUGUGCCACGACAAGAACAGAAUAAGAGAACACAUAGGUGACGUUCUUAUGUCAUUUGCAUGUGGGAAUAUUUUGGGUAAUUUGGAGUCAGAACAUACUAUUAAAAUUAAUUUUGGAGCUAGAAAGAUGAUUUCCCAGUUAACUGUUUUCCGGAGGAACUGAGUUUGGUUCCCAGCACCUACUGAGUGACUCAUGACUUCUUAUAACUCCAACGAGGGGAUCUGGGUUCUCUUGUGGUCUCUGCAAGGACCUGCACCCAUGUGUGCAUACACACAUAUACACACAAUUAAAAAGAAAUUAAUUUCAUUCAUUUCUCUCUUUUUUUAGUGUAUGUCUUAGUUAGGGUUUCUAUUGCUGUGAAGAAACACCAUGACCACAGCAACUCUUGUAAAGGAAAACAUUUAAUUGGGGUGGCUCCCUUACAGCUCAGAGAUUCAGUCCAUUAUUAUCAUGGUGGGACAUGGGUGUGCAGCCAGACAUGGUGCUGGAGAAGGAGCUGAGAGUUCUAUCUACAUCUUGCAGGGAACAGGACGUGAACUGUCUCAGUGGAUGUAGCUUGAGCAUAUAUGAGCCCUGCCUCCACAGUGACACACUUCUUCCAACAAGGCCAUACCUACUCCAACAAGGCCAUACCUCUCAUUAGUGCCACUCCUUUUGGGGACCAUUUUCUUUCAAACCACCAGUAUAUACUAUUAGAAAAUCUGGAAUCACACAUGUGUUGUGCCCAGAGUCUGGACCCCCAAAGACCAUCAAGAAACCAAUUCCAGUUCCAGGGAAUCUGACACCCUCAUACAGAUAUACGUGUAGGGAAAACUUCAAAGUACAUUAAAUAAAUCUUUAAAGAGAGAGAGAGAGAGAGAGAGAGAGAGAGAGAGAGAGAGAGAGAGAGAGAGAGAGAGAGACCAAAUCCAAUGCAAAAGCAAAGUGUCUUUGAUUGUGAGUUAACUUGGGCCUCUCAGUCCGUCUGACACAGAAGCAGACCAGGAGAGACCCGGAGUAGCAAAAGGGCAGGGUUUUUAUAGGGGGCAAAGUAAGGGGUGAGGGAUCUUGGGGUCUACAGACUACAUAGGAACAGACUCAGGAUUGGUUCAUGCAAAUGGCAAUCAUGUUAGUAACUUUUAAUUGGCUAGGGUUAGUUGGGGGUUUGUCAGAGCUACAGUUUUCCGUUUUGGGGGCAGGCCUGGGUAAGUCCCAGGCUUGUCCUUGAGCGGCUGUGGAGGCCGCAUAGCCUAGGCUGCACUGACUGUGGGGGCUGGCUCAGCGGCCCAGGUAUGGUGUGUCCUAUCUCCCUUGUCCCUGUGGUCAGGGGCACCAGAGAUGAAUUGCCUUUUGUUCUUAGCUCUCCCAGAAACUGCUUGCUCAGUCCCAGGAAACUGAAAUUAAGACCUGAUCUCUGAGAGAAGACUGAGCAGCCUGUUAUGGCGUCUGGUUGGUGCUCUCAACAUGUAGUUCAAUUAUUCCUAGUAGAUGUGCCAGUUUUGUCUGAGGAAUAUGGUGCCACGGCUGGCUGCCUCCUACUGAAGGUCCAGUGCCUUUUCCUCAUAACAAAACCCUAUGUGGCCACCAACCCUCUCAGUACCACAGAGGAAAGUGACAGAUCGCUGUAUCUCCGGAUUCCAGCGGACAGUGUUGAUAUCCAGAGCCUACUAGGAACAGCACCCACCAACCCUCAGACUCCAGAGGCACCAGGGCAGCCAGGCCAAGGUAGCUAUUGAGGAGACUGGCUGGCACAGCUGGGCCUCUGCAGCCAGGCUGGCUCAGGCCUCCUCUGUGAACAACACUACUUACUUACAAACUCUCACCCUGUUCCUGCAUGCAUCUCAGAAACUUCCUGCAGUUUAUCAACAUAAUUUACAGUAGAGUUUCCCUUCUGAAAGUGCAUGCUCAGUACACGAUUCAACUAAAGAACAUUUCCUCACCUGCCAGAGACCACCCCAUACCCAUCAGCAAUGCAUCUUCUCCCUCAUCUUCUAGCUACGUCGGAUAUCUACGAAUUUACUUAUUCUGGAUAUUUUCCACGAACAGGAUCAUAGAGUAUCUGUGUUUUUAUGAGUGACUUAUCUCCUCAAAGUCCACUCAUGCUAUGUCAGAAUCUCAUGCCUUUUGAUAGUUAAAUAAUAGAUAAUUAUAUGGAUGGACCAUGCAUUUAUCAUUCAGUUAUCAGACAUUUGGGUUGUUUCUUUUUUUUUUCUAUUAUAAACACUGUCACUAUGAACACUUGUAUAUAUGUUUUGUUUGCUUCCUUGUUUUUAUUUUUAUUUCUUUGAGACAGUGUCUUGCUGUGUAGCUGAGGCUGGCCUGUGAUUCACUAUCCUCCUGUAUCAGUCUCCCCAGUGCUAAGACGAUGCCCUGCUUGUCUCCCAGUUUUGUGUGGAUACAUUUCCAUUUAUCUGAGGAAUCGCUAGAUUUGUGUGUGUGUGUGUGUGUGUGUGUGUGUGUGUGUGUGUGUGUGUAUACAUUUCCAUUUAUCUGAGGAAUCACAAGACUAGUUUUCACUGUGAUGGCGGUAUCCUUUUAGACUUCCAUUUGCAGUACACAGGGCCCACUUCCCCACAGCCUCACCCACACUUGUUAAUGUCUUUCUGUGAGAUUCCCAAGCUCAAGGAUCAAGAGCUGAGGUCUCCUCUUCAGUGAAGGCCCUUGUUCCUCCGGGCUGUAGCUGCAUUGCACCAGGCCUGGCCCUCAGUGAGUACACUGGAAACGGGUGACAUCAGUGCUGCCUGGGACAGAGUUGUCUCAUGUACACAAAGGAGACACUAGAGGUGCCCUUCCACUGCUUACUCCAUCUGCACUCUAGACCCUGCAAGGCCAGAGGAGGAGAGGCUAAAUGACCCCAGACCCUGUUCACCUCCUAAAGGGAAACUGAGGCUUGGCCUCUGAUAUGGGCUUUCUUAAAAAAUUAUUUAUUUGUAUUUUAUGUACAUUGGUAUUUUGCCUGCAUAUAUGAUGACUGUGUAAGGGUGUCAGAUCUCCUGGAACAGGAGUUACAGACAGCUGUGAUCUGCCAUGUGGGUGCUGGGAAUUGAACCUGGGUCCUCUGGAAGAGCAGCCAGUGCUCUUAACUAUUGAGCCAUCUCUCCAGCCCCAAGACAUGGGAUUUUGAAGCUGCUAUAGCAGUUCCCUUGGACUCCUCAGCAAACAUGGAGACAAGGGCCUGCAUCCCACUGGGCUUCUAUAAUCCACACUCCUUCUUCAAGAUUUAUGAGUGAAUUUGAAAUCAUUCCCAGAGGAUGCCCUGACACACAAGGACUAAGGACCCACACAGAGUCAAAACUCAUGUGUCUGUCUAACUGGAAUGCCUCUGGACAGGACAUCAUGACUACAGUUACCCAACAGGGGCCCUGUCCACUUAAACAUAAGCUACCUGGCCACUAUAUUGAUCCAUGUGAACUGUAUGGAGAGCACAUCAUACAUGCUCAGGAGGAAGUCACUGUAACUGACAUUGGGGGUGCAUCAGAGAACAGGAGGAAACCCUUGUAGAACUUGGAACAACCAUGCCACAUAAGAAAGUGGGCUGUCGGGGCUGGAGAGAUGGCUCAGCAGUUAAGAGCACUGGCUGCUCUUCCAGAGGUCUUGAGUUCAAUUCCCAGCACCCACAUGGUGGCUCACAACCAUCUGUAAUGGGAUCAGACGCCUUCUUCUCUCUGAUGCUCUCUUCUGUCAUACAGGCACUACAUGCAGGUCGAGUACUCAUACACACAAAUAAAUAAAUCUUAAAGAAAAAGAAAGUGGGCUGUCUUAAUUUUCCUACUGCUGUGCAGACACCAUGACCAAGGCAACUUAUAGAAGAAAGAAUUUACUUGGGGCUUACAGUUCUAAGGAUGAGUCCAUGACCACCAGGACAGGAGUAUGGUGGCAGGUAGGCAGACAUGGCACUAGGAGCAGUAUUCGGGAACUUGACCCACAAGCAUGAGGCAGGGUGAGAGCUAACUGGGAAUGGUGCAGGCUUUUUGAAACCUCAAAGCCCAAUCCCCAGUUACACACCUCCUCCAAUGAGGCCACACCUCCUGGUCCUUCCCAAACAGUUCCACCAACUGGGGACUAAGCAUUCAAACAUGCGUCUAUGGGGGUCAUUCUCAUUCAAACCACCACAUGAGCUAUGGACCACUCUAGGAAGUGUGUGAUCUUUGGAAAAGAAAAUGGGCAGGUGGGUGAGAAGGCAGGGAUGGAGGUUAAGAUGGCCUUCAGGAAGGGACGGACACUAAGUAACAAAAGGGAACAGAGCCCACAAGGGAGAGUGCCAGCCUGCUCAGGGACAGUACAGGGUCUGGGGACUGGGGCACAUGGCUGUACCAGAACCUAAAGAAGGCAGGUUAGGCCAGGAACUGAGGCACACACCUUUAAUCCCAGCAUUUCAGAGGAAGACAUAGGUGGAUCUCUGUGAGUUCAAGGCCAGCCUGAUCCUCAGAGCAAGUUCUAGGACAGCCAGGGCUACACACAGAGAAGCCCUGUUUAGAAAAACCAUAAAGGAGGAGGAGGAGGAGGCAGGUUAGCAACCACCCACUCCAGACAGUAAGUUUAGGGAAACUCAGCCCACAGAGGAAGGCCAAGGGACACAAAUCCUGAGAUUACAAACUCUGCUAAGCAUCACUAGCUGGCUGACACCAUCCACGUGACCUCAUUCAGUUCUCAUAAAGGCCUUCCCAGCACAGAAUUGAUCACUACUAUUGUUACACAUAAGGAUGAAGCGGACGAAAAGUUAGGUAGCUGUUCCAGGGUCACACAGGAAGGAGAACCAGCUGUAAAUCUGAGCAAAGGAGACCAACAACCAGGCAAGGAAGGCGAAUGGGCCCUGAAUCUAGUUACUUGGGUUGGGCGCUGUGGUGCUUAAUCUUGUGAGUCAACCUGGCUAAGCCACGGUGCUCCAACACAUGGUCAAGGAGAAAAUUUCAGGAGAGAUUUGUAUCAGCAGCUUUGGGGAAGGCAGGUGACCCCCAAUACCGUGGGUGGGCUUCAUCCAAGCAGAAUGAUUGAAGGUAGACAUCAACCUCCAUGUGUCCUGCAGAGUCCAUAUUGGGCCGCCCCACCUGUUCAACUGGUAAUUUUUCUGGGCAGCUGUGAUCACACAGGGCAAAAGGCACGUGGAAGAAGAUCCAGUCCCGACGGCCACACUCGCAAGGGGUAGGAGCAGCCAGGCCAGCGCCCACUACCGGAGAAAGGCCUUGCGGCCUGCACCACCAUUGACCAAUAGGCCUACGCCAGACUCCGAGGCCCCAGCCCGGCUUCCGAGGGCCCUGGCUAGUCACACUGCAGCCAGUCCCGCCUAGCCUGUCGCUCCCGGGGCCGUCAGGCCCGUGCGGUCACUUCCGAAGGACACGCACUGGGCGGGGCUCUGCCAAUCCUGGGCUGCUCUAUCCGUCAGGCCGCCCACCUGGCCUGAAGUCCUAGACCUGUGAGUAGGCAGCUCUGCCGGGCACGGUCCACGCUUGUCCCAGGAAUCUUGGCCCAACCGCUGCAGCGCUUCCGGAUGACUUUCCCCUAAACACCCUGCUGGCUGACUGGAGUAAAGUAGAGAGCCCAGGGCCCAUUGAAGUUCUGAGCUUGCAGUGAAAAAGAUGGGGUGGGCCCGGCUUGAGUAAGGGGCGCGGUCACAUCGGGCAGGGGGGGCAAGAACUGGGAGGCGGAGUGGGUGAGAGGGCGUGUCCAUCUGGAGAUGGGCGUGGUCUUAUUGGCGCUGAGCUGGGCCGGGGAGUGGAUAGACAGGCCUGGAGGAUGAAGGGGCGUGGCUAUGCGGCUGGAGACUGGGUCCUCUGUGCAGGAAACUGAGGUUGGGUGGUUCAAGGCGGGGCCUCAGGAGGGGCCUGGGGCGGGGGCGGGACAUCGGGCCGCCUGGUUAGUCUCCACCACGUUGUGUCUCAACUCCAAUUGUCUUGCGCGCCCAUUAGUCGGGUCUCACCAGGUGCUUCUCUCUGCUGUCCUCGCCCCAAGACCUUGCCCCCGGCCCACCGCCCCCCAGUUUCUGUGGGACACCCUCCUCCCGCCCUGCGCUCUCUGACUAGAGUCGCUAACUUCCUGCGUGGCAGAGCAGGUGUUCCCAGAUCCAUGAGCUCUCUAGGGGAUCAGGUACGGGACUGGCAUCAGGGCGUACUGGCCGUGGCACGAGAAGACUGGGACCGUGCGCUAUGCCUCUUCUCAGACGUUCGGGAGCCGUCGGCCAAGAUCUACUUCAACAUGGGCUGCGUGCAUCUGAUGGCCGGGAAUCUCGAGGCUGCAUUGCAGGCAUUUGACCAAGCGGUGACCAAGGACACCUGCAUGGCUGUUGGCUUCUUCCAGCGGGGAGUGGCCAAUUUCCAGCUGGAGAGGUCCCAGGAGGCUGUGUCUGACUUCCAGCUGGCCCUGGCACAGCUGAGGGGCAAUGCUGCCAUUGACUACACCCAACUGGGUCUGCACUUCAAACUGCAAGCCUGGGAGGUCCUAUACAACAUGGCAUCAGCACAGUGCCAGGCAGGGCUCUGGACCAAGGCUGCCAAUACUCUAGUGGAGGCAAUCUCCAAAUGGCCAGAGGGAGCCCAAGAUGCCCUGGACACUGCCCUGGACCAAGUGCAGAAACAGGUACCCCUGCAGCUGCUGCAAGUCCCCAAGGGUGAGGUCUUCCAGCCUCCCAGGCAAUACCUACAGCAUCUGGAGCCCAUGGAUUUCCUCGGCAAGGCUAAGGUGGUGGCUUCUGUCAUCCCUGACAACAACUCAGAUGGCUGGCCUCAGCAGAGGUCCCUCGUGGAGCAAACUGGCCAUCAGUCUCCUCCGUCCGUGGAUAAGAGGAUCCUGAGCAAUAGUGGUGGUCACAUGAGCCGUGGUCUAUGCUACAGUUUGCUGGCAUCUGGAGGGCCUGACCCAGGCCCCUCUAAAAACUCCUCAGGAGCUGGGGGAGCAGCUGCAGAAGGCCCUGCAUCCUUGGUGACUGUCACUGUGCAGUGCCACUUUACUGUGCCCCUGGAGGCUCCAAGAGGCGCUGACCUGUCCAGUCUCCGAGCACUGCUGGCUCAAGCCCUCCUUCACCAGGCCCAGAUGGGGCAGCUCAGUUACCAAGCCCCAGGAAAGGAGAAGUUCUGGAUCCCCAUCCCCACGGAGGAAUCACUGCAGAGUGUGUGGAAGAAUGUGGCCAGGGGCCCAAACGGGUUGCAGCUCCAGUGCCGGGGAGCCUGGGGCCGACCGGUGCUCUACCAGGUAGUCGCUCAGCACGAUUACUCAGCCCAAAGGCCUGAGGAUUUGGACUUCCACCAAGGGGACACAGUGGAUGUUCUGUGUGAAGGUAGAACAAGGCUGCCCUUCCCCAACAUGGCUGGCUUUGCCCAGGCCCGGUGGGGGCUUUGUUCUCUAGGGCUCGGUCUUUGCUGUAAGCAGACGCACCAUCCACCAUGUCUCCACAGUGGACGAAGCUUGGCUGGAGGGUCACCGAGACGGCUGCAUUGGCAUUUUCCCAAAGUGCUUUGUGGUCCCAGCUGGUGCCUGUGUGAAAGUCCCACCUGUUCCGAAACCCAAGUCAGAAGACCAGCGCUAGCAAUACAUAUUGUGACAAGACCAGUUUUAAUUUAAACAAACAAACAAACAAACAAAAACUACCCCCCAUAUGGUCUGUCUUCUAGGAUUGAUGAUAAAGGGGAUCCAACCAAAAGUUCUUGGGAGAGGGGAGCUGGACUGGCCCCCAGACCUGGAUUCUGACUGUCUGUCUCAGUCUGGUUAUAGUGAGGAAGCAGGGGUCUCUGCUGGGCUGGUCACAGCCUUCGGAGGUAGCCCUAGUUCCACAGCUGCCCCUCAGCCCCUCCUCUUUCCACCCCUUGGAAGACUACAGACCCCAUAGCCAGUGCCACCCUGAGGGCAGACGGGAGUCAGACCAGGAAUUGGUCUGCUCAAUGGACUGGAGCCCUUGAGGGUCAGGGGUUCAUGAGGGCAGACAUCCAGGAUGUGCCCAGCAGGUCCUGUGUGCCAAUGGCUUUCUUUCCUAAGGACAGUUGAUAGUAGCUUACAAUGUGGACAACACAAACAGUUAUGUUGUUGCUGUUGAAUCCCAACAUGGUCCCUGCUUUAGA